GCUUGCGGCCCACCCCGCGUGUGUCACAGCCCGAAGAGACCCCAAAAACCUAGCCGCAUCUAUAACGUCGCCCGCGCCGCCUCCGCAUCGAGACCUCUCGCCCGCGCCGCCGCAGCAGCUGCAAAAGCCCGAGGCUCCUCACCGACGAGAUGACGAAGCGCACCAAGAAGGCUGGAAUUGUUGGCAAAUAUGGUACCAGGUAUGGUGCCAGUUUGCGUAAGCAGAUCAAGAAGAUGGAGGUUUCCCAGCACUCCAAGUACUUCUGCGAGUUCUGUGGCAAGUUUGCUGUGAAGAGGAAAGCAGUUGGUAUCUGGGGAUGCAAGGACUGUGGGAAGGUUAAGGCCGGUGGCGCCUACACCAUGAACACUGCUAGUGCGGUCACUGUCAGAAGCACAAUCCGUCGCCUGAGGGAGCAGACCGAAGCUUGAUUGUGGUCAAUUCCAAAAGGAGUGCCUAGAUUUUGUAGUUCAAUCAAAAGUCAUCAAGUUGCUAUCUUUCCUAUUUAGCUAAAGGGAUAAUCUGAAAUGUUCAUCUAUCUGUAGGAUCCUUGAUACACUGAGUGCUUGGUUUCUCAUGCCAAUUUGAUGAUAUGCAAAUGCUUCCUCGA